UCUGUGAUUAUAGUAAAAGUAUUUUGAGAUGGCUUCACCGCACAAAUUAGUGGCUAAAUUACGUAGUCUAACGCCUCGGAUAUUAAAAAAUCCGGACGGGAGAACGUACUUGAGUCCUUAUAAACAAACUGUCGGAAAUAGAAAUCAGUUUAACAUCGAUACUCCUAAUAGACGCAAAAUAUUAGAGGACGGUCUUCCUAACAAACACGGUACAUUCCUCGGAAGCGGUGGUUUCGGGACAGUGUACAAAGCUUCUUAUAAAGGCGACGAGGUAGCAGCUAAAGUGAUGCGAACAGAGAAAUGUCUGAAUGUGCUGAACCGUGAGAAACGCGCGUCCUUCUUGAAGCAUACGAACAUCGUGAGAGUCUUAAUGAUCGAGCAAGGUGCCGCGUUGUCUUUGAUAACGAUGGAAUUAUGCGGUACCACUUUGCAAGAUCAGCUGGACGAAAGAGUAUUAAAUAAACACGAAAGGCUGCGCGUGUUACGAGGCGUAACUUGCGCUCUAGACUUCUGUCACAGCGCUGGGAUUGUACAUGCCGAUGUCAAGCCGAAAAAUAUAUUGCUGUCCGUGGACGGCCAGCCAAAACUUACAGACUUUGGUAGUUCUGUAUUGAUAGAAGAAUCGAACGAAGUUAAAGAGUAUCGUGGUACGCCAGGAUACACUGCACCGGAAAUAAUAAAAGGGAAUAGUCCCACUCCCGGUUCUGAUAUUUACUCUUUAGGUAUCGUAGCCUGGCAAAUGAUAUCUAGAAAGUUACCAUUCGCUGGGUUACAUAGUCAUACGAUUAUAUAUCUUUCGGCAAAAGGACAUCGCCCGGAAGAUGAAAGCAUUGAAGAUGAAGUCAAUGGUAUCUAUAAAUCAUUGUACAGAAAAAUGUGGGCACAAGAUGUUAAUGAGAGACCGUCGACCAACGAAAUAAUAAAUAGGAUCGAUGUACUACUUGAUUCUUAGUUUUAGUUAUACGUAACAGGUAUUCUUAAAUUGUUUAUUGUACAAAAAAAAAUUAUUGUAUAAUAAAAAACAUCUUUACGUGUCAGGCAUUUCUCCACCAGGUACAAGCUAUAACAGAGGUACAACAUGUAGAAUUUUCUGAGAUUUGAAAAUAAAGAAUAUUGUGUUAAAGAUA